UCUCUCUACCUCUCACUCUGCCUUUCAUACAUACGCCAGAGCGCAGACUGCAGCAGAACGGAGGGCCAGUAGGAUUUUCCUCCUCGUACUGGAUCAACCAAGAAACCAGAGAGACAGUUAUCCGCCGAGGAGGAGAGAGACGUUAUUCAUGGGGAAUCCAUUGAGGAGUACCUGACCAACAAGCUGCCGAGUGUGUAGGGUUGCAUCUGGCUCUCAGAAGCAGUUGUGUGGACUCCUACACGCACCCAUCCCUCCACCUGGACAGGCCCACCCCCUUCCUACCUGCCCCUCAUCCUCAUUUAAGGAUAGGAUGCCUGGCUCUGUGCCCCUGUGCUGAGGAGGCGUCGGUGGGCAGCAGUAUGGGCCCUGUGCCUGCCAGCAUCCCCACAACCCCCUCCACCACCGAUCUGCCACCACCACGCUGCCCCACCGAGACGGGCGCUCCCCCCAGCCCCGCUGAUGGGCGAAGACACUGACGCCACCCCAACGCUCAACCACCGCGGCUUCCUCCCCGACCACAACUAUGUGACUGAAGUCCUCUAAUGCAACUCCCAGCAUUGCCCGGUGCUGAAGUGGCACAUCUGCCAAACUAUUAUCCAACAGUGCUCUAAAGGCUGCUCAAACACAAUGUGCCUAUUUAUGGCUGCUCCUGGCUAUAGCCUGAAGAGCUCCGCCCAUCCUGUCCACCCCUCUCCACCCUGGAGUCCUCCCCCAGGAUGUUGAGCCCCAUCCAGGUCCUGUGCUCCGACAUCACUACCCUUUCUCUGGAGCCUGAGCCGUUUGCCUCUUACACUGAAGCUGAUAUCAUCUCCACUGUUGAGUUCAACCACACAGGAGAGCUCCUGGCCACAGGGGACAAGGGGGGCCGAGUGGUCAUUUUUCAGAGGGAACCAGAGAGCAAGACUGAGCCAUUCUCCCAGGGUGAGUACAACGUCUACAGCACCUUUCAGAGCCAUGAGCCCGAGUUCGACUACCUUAAGAGUCUGGAGAUCGAGGAGAAGAUCAAUAAGAUCCGAUGGCUGCCUCAGCAGAACGCCGCACACUUCCUGCUCUCCACCAAUGAUAAGACCAUUAAGUUGUGGAAGGUGAGUGAAAGAGACAAACGUCCUGAGGGAUACAACCUGAAGGAUGAGGAGGGUCGCAUCAAGGACAUCUCCACUGUCACCUCCCUACAGGUACCCGUGUUGAAGCCAAUGGACCUGAUGGUGGAGGUGAGCCCACGGCGAGUGUUUGCAAACGCCCACACAUACCACGUCAACUCCAUCUCCGUCAACUCCGACUAUGAGACCUACAUGUCAGCUGAUGACCUGAGGAUCAACCUCUGGCAUCUGGACAUCACUGACCGCAGCUUCAACAUUGUGGACAUCAAGCCAGCCAACAUGGAGGAUCUGACAGAGGUGAUCACCGCGGCUGAGUUUCACCCACACCACUGUAACUUGUUUGUCUAUAGCAGCAGCAAAGGCACCCUGCGCCUCUGUGACAUGAGAGAAUCAGCGCUGUGCGACAAACACUCCAAAUUGUUUGAGGAGCCCGAGGACCCUAGCGCCCGCUCCUUCUUCUCCGAGAUCAUCUCCUCUGUGUCAGACGUCAAGUUUAGCCACAGUGGCCGCUACCUGCUCACCAGGGACUACCUGACUGCCAAAGUCUGGGACCUCAACAUGGAGAGCAAGCCCCUAGAGACGUACCAGGUUCAUGAUUACCUCCGGAGCAAGUUGUGUUCCCUUUAUGAAAACGACUGCAUCUUUGACAAGUUUGAGUGUGCAUGGAACGGCUCAGACAGUGUGAUCAUGACGGGAGCGUACAACAACUUUUUCCGCAUGUUCGACCGGAACACCAAACGCGACGUGACCCUGGAGGCAUCAAGAGAGAGCAGUAAACCCCGAGCUGUCCUGAAGCCCCGGAGGGUCUGCGCCGCCGGAGGAAAGCGCCGGAAGGACGACAUCAGCGUGGACAGCCUGGACUUCACCAAGAAGAUCCUCCAUACGGCCUGGCACCCGACUGAGAACAUCAUCGCCAUCGCUGCCACCAACAACUUGUACAUCUUCCAGGACAAACUCAACUCUGAGAUGCAUUAGUGAACGGAUGUCAGUGGCGUAUACGAAUGAGUUUACACCUGAACACACAACUAUGCCAGAAUGUACACAUUAACAGACAUACACACACAGGAAUAUGCCUAAUCCACACACACAUAAGCAGAAAGCAUACACACGUAUGUCUUCUCUGACACUCCUCCACCUCCUCCCCAGCCACUGAAAGGACCUAGAAAGGGCUAGAGAGGGAACAGGCUGGAUUACGCAAUGGAUUAUGGAUUGCAAAAUUGUCCAAUCUGUGGAUUUCUUGAUUGUUAACCUCUGGAUUGUGCUUGAUGGUGUGGUGAUUGCUACAGCUCCGCUUCUGAUGGGGAUUACCCCCGCCCCCCCAGACAGGAGAGAUGUUUACACGUUUGUCCUUUUUUUUUUUUUUUUCUUCAGGCUCUUUUUUGCUUUCUCCACCUCCUCCUCCUCCUCUCCUCUCUGUAUUUGUGUGCUCAAGCAAAGCCUAUUCUUAUCCCUUGCCCACUGUUUUGUGUAACAAAACCCUUCGUGGUUGUCUACCAGCGGCACUGAUGAAAAAUGGGGCAUUUAUGUAACUGGCUGUUUGUUUGAUUUCAGAUCAGCUACCCCACUUCUGUUUUUGUAACUUGUUAGAUGAUGUUAAUGAUGGUAAUUAUGAUGACAAUGACAAUUUGAAAUGAUAUGUGUGAUGUGCAAGGAUGAACUCGGGACCCCUCCCCUUAACCCAAGUGCACCCAGACGCCUCUGAGCUCAAUUGGACUGUGUCCAAUGAGGUAAAAUAUUUACAGUCCUGCAGAUAGAAGCAGAAGUUAAUAGAUUAUUACACCAUGGUCUAAUAUGAGGACACACACUCAUAUCUGCUCCACACAGUGUGUUUCAGUCAUCCAACUUCUCUGAUUGUGGAUUCUGCUUCUGGUCUGGAACUGCGUCAUGUGCUACUUUGCCGUUAAAUACAGUUCAAAUCAAGCAGAAAAAGAUUUUUAAAAAUAAACAAAAUAAUUUCAACAAUCAAGCAAAAUGAUGCUGCAUGUCAAACAGAUUUAGCCUAGGUGUUUAUAAAUUGACUGACUGACUGACUUGGCUGCCUUCUUAACCAUUUAGACCCAGCUGUACAAAGGCUUCAGGGGCCCCGGCGCCCAGUGCAGCACGAGUAACCAUAGAUGGCCGAGCUCUCCUACCUUUGUUUGUGUCUUCGGACACUGAAGCAUGUUUACCAGUGUUCGGUUCAUACACUUACAUGUACAUUUUGAAUGAAGCCGUCAAAGAAUCAGUUUCGACUCGACUGAAACUGAGAACCAAGAAGAAUGGGGAAUGUUUGAUUAAUGUUGUACUCUUAAAGAAAAAGAAAAAAAAAUCAAAGGGCCUAAAUGGUGUCUGUAUAUAUCAACUCUGUUUUUGACACAUAUGAGGUUUUGUUUUUUUAACAUCCAUAAACGGACUGCGGACUCCAUCAUCUGUAUUGAUGAUUGCCUCCACAGCUACAGCAGAGAGAUGGUACUUUAAUCUCUUCAGCCUUCCUCACGGAUUACUUUGCUGAUGUGCAGAAGCUUUUAUUUUUAGAGAACAGUUUAUUCUUUUAUUUAUCCUUUUUUGGAAACAUCUGUCAGUUUAACUCCACGUCCUGACCAAACUAAUGUCGAUUCACAUAUUUGUAUGUUAAUGUAUGUUGUUGACAAAAUUGUCAAAUGGACAGUUAUAAAUAAUGUUAAUAUGUUUUUUUUUUUUUGAAUAAAGAUUUCAACAAAAUUGCAUCCAA